AUUAUUGGUUCAACUUAGCAGCCGCGGCGCAGCGCUCACUGAUAUGAAUCAUGCAGCUUAGGAAAAGCUCCAUGUUCUCCAGUUCAGAAGCGCGACUAUCUCGAAAUCGCACACGCGCAGGGGUCGUGGCAAGUUGUUGCGGCCACCCAGGGUAGUAGCUGAAUAAUAAAAUUCGCGGGGUGGCUGUCUGUCUACCUCCGCUUCGUGUGUUCCGUGUCGAAUCGGCGUCUCCGGCUUUAAGGGUGGGUCUGCCUUUUCGUGGGAGGGGUCGCACGAAACUAACAUAAAUUUAAUAAGUAUCAAGUAUAAAAGACAGAGAAGAAUACCGUUGACAACGGUGGUAGACAGUGGACCCGGUUCAGGGUGUUCGAACGUCGGACGGAGUGCGUUUUUUUAUUUAAGAGCGAUACCCCAGAGUGCGGUACAUACACGCAUACGAUAUUUGGGUGAUUAUAAUCGUGCGGUGGAUGAAUUUUAUCCCCCUCACACCCUUUAGGGUCCUUCCCUCACUCCCGUCCCCGUAACCAGCCACUCCGGCCGUCCUUCCGUCCUUCUCACCUCCCUAUUUUUUCAUUUAUUCAUUUCUUCAUUCAGUCUUUACUUUCCUCGAACUGCCCCGGCCCCUUGGCCAUACUCUCUUCUCGUUACACUGAAUACUCCCCCGAUCGCGGCUGUACACGGAUUUACGAGUGGGGGUAACGAGCCGUGUGUUGUCCUGCAAGAGAGUUCAAGGAAUAUAGAGAGCUAGAGAGUGUGGAGAGUUAUACAUAUACGGAAUUUGAAGGGACCCAGCUACUCCUGACAUCGUCAACGAAAGAUCAAUCCAGUUUUAUGCAGGAAUAUGUCAAGUUUAAAAAUUGUGUUGGCAAUAUACUUGCUUACACCACCUUUGAGAACGAUGGAUCUUGAAUCAAGGAAUCAGAGGGUGUGCCAGCAAUAAAAUACAAUACCAAAAGCUAAAGAAUGAAUGCCCGCUGCACUGACCCUGCCGACACAACACAAGCAGGCUUAAGAUUCAUUCACUUAGUACGUGAGUAGCCAAACUCUCGUGCCGCUCGCCGACGUACAUAUCUCUCUAUAUUCGCACAUGGCAGCCAUGAAGCAUGGCAAGACGAGUCAGGACGACGUGUGUUACGUCGUCGCCAAGUAUGAUUAUGGAGCACAAGGAGCUCAGGAAUUAGAUCUACGUAAAAAUGAAAGAUACUUGCUGCUCGAUGAUUCGAAACACUGGUGGCGAGUACAGAGUGCCAGAGGCCAGGCUGGGUAUGUUCCGAGCAAUUAUGUCAAGAAAGAAAAGCCAUCUCUGUUUGACAGCAUCAAGAAAAAAGUUAAAAAAGGGUCGGGGUCAAAAACUCUACCCUCCAGUAAUUCACCUUCAAGAGCAGUCGAGUCACCAACUAUGGCAAGAAGAUUACCGGCAGAUCCCAGCGAAGCUAUAGGCACAGCAGUGGUGAAAUAUAAUUAUCAAGCGCAGCAAGCAGACGAAUUAUCAUUGGUUAAAGGGACUAGAAUCCUAAUCCUGGAAAAGAGCAACGAUGGCUGGUGGAGAGGCCAGAGUGGUACUCAGGCUGGUUGGUUUCCUUCUAACUAUACCCAAGAAGAAGGGGACGCGGAUGAUACUUUGCACACCUAUGCAAUGGCUGAGAAUGUGUUGGACAUAGUCGUUGCCCUGUAUUCAUUUUCUUCCAAUAACGACCAGGAGCUGUCCUUUGAAAAAGGGGAUCGUCUGGAAAUCUUAGAUCGUCCUCCAGCUGACCCUGAGUGGUAUAAGGCUCGAAAUGGUCAGGGACAAAUCGGUUUGGUGCCUCGCAACUAUUUGCAAGAACUCAGUGAGUAUUUGACUCAGCCGUACCGUGAAAGGGGAAUGACUACUGGUGAAGUAGGAGCAGGAGAUUCAUUGGAAAGAAGACCCGAUCCCGGCGAUAGACCUCACCUGAUCGGAAAGCCCUGGUACUAUGGGCGAAUAACUCGAUCCCAAUGUGACACCCUUCUCAAUCAGCAUGGCCAAGAUGGAGAUUUUUUAAUCAGAGAUAGUGAAACAAAUAUGGGAGAUUAUUCUGUAUCUCUAAAAGCACCAGGACGAAACAAACACUUCAGGGUGCAUGUUGAGGGUGCUUUAUAUUGCAUCGGGCAGCGUAAGUUCCAUACUCUGGAUCAGCUAGUGGAUCAUUAUCAACGAGCUCCAAUUUAUACUAACAAGCAAGGAGAGAAAUUAUUUUUGGUUCGUCCAUUACCUAAGGGAAACCCCAGCAGCAAUGGCUGUUAAAUAAUCAUGUAAGAGCGAAAUCACUUGUUUUAUUUUUCCAUCUUCUCUCUUCAUUUCUCUCUUAUACUUCUACUAGACGUAGGAUUAUCAUAAAAUAAUACCCAAUACCCGCCUAGCGUAACAAUCGAUGUCAUCGUCACAACAAGCAGCAUUUAUAGACGAGACUAAAAUAAUUGGUGAGCUCAUAUAUUAGUGUUACUCUAAUUUGUCCUUUAUCACUAGAUAAUUUAUUGCUAUAAGUAAUAUAAUUAAUUAUACAUAAUAACACGUUGGAGCUUCCAACUUUACUACAUAUGAGUAAAAGUAACGGCAGCUAAGCAGACUGGUGGGAGAUGAUCCAUUUGGUCGACAAUAGGCUUCUUUAUCCAUUUUAUUGUACUGGGAAGUCACGUCGAUUAUUUUGCUACUAGUUGAACGUACCAAGUUAUACAUAGAUACAUGCAUGCAUACACACAUGCAUAGAUGAUACAUGCAUACUCAUUCUAGCACACGCAAGUAUAACGAUCAAAUAAUGAUAAUUAAUAAACAAUACGCCAAGUAACCAGAUCUAUCGAUAUUGAAUGAAUAUACCGAUUAUGUUAAAACAAAGACUAAGUGUUCAUUUGUGAUUUUGUAUUUAUUAGAACGUUUUUAAGCGAAUAAACCAUAUUUAAGUGUG